UACCUCGGACGGGAUGGGUGUACAGGAACGUGGCGAAGCCAGAGAGCGUAUCCGAUCAUAUGUACAGGAUGGCGAUGAUGGCUUUGGUGACCGAAGACAAGAGCCUUAACAAGGAUAGAUGCAUACGAUUAGCUUUGGUUCACGAUAUGGCUGAAUGCAUUGUUGGAGAUAUUGCUCCUGCAGAUAAUAUCUCAAAAGAGGAGAAACACAGGAGAGAAGAGGCAGCUAUGCAACAACUGACCCAGCUUCUAUCAGAGGACCUCAGAAAAGAAAUCUAUGAACUCUGGGAAGAAUAUGAACACCAGAGUACUGCGGAAGCCAAGUUUGUAAAACAGUUGGAUCAGUGUGAGAUGAUACUGCAAGCAUUUGAGUAUGAAGAGUUGGAAAACGCACCUGGCAGGCUGCAGGAUUUCUACGAUUCAACUGCUGGGAAGUUUACUCACCCAGAAGUACUCCAGCUUGUAUCUCUGAUUAACACAGAAAGGAAUAAAAAAAUAGCUGCUACAUCUCAUCCACAUUCCUGA